AUGAAUGUCAUAGAUCAUGUACGGGAUAUGGCAGCUGCGGGUCUUCACUCCAACGUGCGGAUACUAAGCAGUUUGUUGUUGACUAUGAGCACAAACAAUCCGGAGCUAUUCUCUCCAGCACAGAAAUACCAGCUUCUGGUUUACCAUGCUGAUUCUAUAUUCCACGAUAAAGAAUAUCGAAAUGCUGCCUGCAAGUACAACAUGGCCCUUCAGCAGAAGAAAGUCUUGAGUAAAACUUCUAAAGUGCGUCCAUCCACCACAGGUGGAGCAACAUCAUCAGUUCAAACACAGAACCUGCCUUCAGAAAUUGAGGUGAAGUAUAAAAUUGCAGAAUGCUACACCAUCUUGAAGAUGGACAAAGACGCCAUAUCAGUGCUAGAUGGAAUUCCCUCCCGACAGAGAACGCCCAAGAUCAACAUGAUGUUGGCGAACCUCUAUAAAAAAGCUGGUCAGGAACGCUCUGCUGUGACAAGCUAUAAGGAAGUUUUGAGGCAAUGUCCCCUGGCCCUUGAUGCAAUAAUUGGGCUUCUGUCUCUGUCAGUGAAGGGAGCAGAAGUGGCCUCUAUGACUAUGGAUGUGAUCCAGAGUAUCCCAAACCUGGACUGGCUGUCUGUGUGGAUUAAAGCUUACGCCUUCAUACACUCUGGAGAUAAUCACAGAGCUAUCAACACUAUCCUUUCUCUGGAGAAGAAGUCUCUCCUAAGGGAUAACGUGGAUCUUCUCGUUAGUCUGGCAGAUGUCUACUUCCGUGCAGGGGACACCAAAAACUCUAUUCUGAAAUUUGAACAGGCACAAAUGUUGGACCCUUAUCUGAUCAAAGGUAUGGAUGUGUAUGGUUACUUGAUGGCUCGGGAAGGCCAUCUUGAGGAUGUUGAGGUUCUGGGAGGACGACUUUUUAACAUUUCAGACCAGCAUGCUGAGCCGUGGGUCAUAUCCGGGUGUCACAGUUUCUACAGUAAGCGUUACUCUCGUGCCCUGUACCUGGGGGCUAAGGCCAUUCAGCUGAACAGUAACAGUGUCCAGGCUCUCUUGCUGAAGGGGGCGGCACUGCGGAACAUGGGGCGUGUGCAGGAAGCCAUCAUUCACUUCAGGGAGGCCAUGAGACUCGCCCCCUGCCGCCUGGACUGUUACGAGGGACUGAUCGACUGUUACCUGGCCUCCAAUGGGAUCCGUGAAGCCAUGGGGAUGGCCAACAACAUCUACAAGACCCUUGGAGCGAAUGCCCAGACUCUAACGAUUCUGGCUACAGUCUGUCUGGAGGAUCCCAUGACACAGGAGAAAGCUAAAACACUGCUGGACAAGGCUUUGGCUCAGAGACCAGAUUACAUCAAAGCUGUUGUGAAGAAAGCAGAGCUGCUGAGUCGAGAACAGAAGUAUGAAGAGGGGAUAACUCUGCUGAGAAACACUUUGGCCAAUCAGAGUGACUGUGUGCUGCACAGAAUGCUGGGAGAUUUUCUCGUGGCCGUUAACGACUAUCAGGAGGCUAUGGACCAGUACAGUAUAGCACUUAGCCUAGAUCCAAAUGACCAGAAGUCUCUGGAGGGCAUGCAGAAGAUGGAGAAAGAGGAGAGCCCGACGGACGCGACAGUGGAGCUGGAUGGAGACGACAUGGAGGGGAGUGGAGAGGAGGGGGACCUGGAAGGCAGUGACAGUGAGGCGGCUCAGUGGGCCGAUCAGGAACAGUGGUUCGGUAUGCAGUGAUCCGGGGAGAGCCCGUGGGCCCAAACCGACAGAAGUUAAAAGUGCUGCUGGAGCAGAAACGUGUAAAAACGAGGAUGUUUUUUUUUUGUGUGUGUGUGUGUGUGUACUAAUUCAUAAUUACAAAACCCCAGAGAUUUCAAACGUGAACCAUGUCGUAAAAUUCUGAGAACUCUGAAACAUUUCGAAGAGACGGCUAAAACUCAGAAUACAUUGGGAGAAUUCCAAACGGAGAUUCAAGCACCAUAUCUCACACACAUAUACAUUCUACCUCUUUUGGGUGGUGUUAAAUUGCAGCUAAAGUCUGUGCCACGUACCAUUUUAGGUAGUUCUACAAGGCCAUAACCCGAAUUGUCCAUUACCACUGCUUUGUGGAUGAUGAGUUACUUUAAAUUCAGUUUUUUAAGUUCUAUAAAUAUUAUUAAAGAAAAUCCCAGUGUAUUAUCUAUGGCCAAAUGUUGAUGUUGAAUACAUAAUGAGGUUUUAAAAGAAAGCGAAACAAAAUAAACCAUCUGCCGUGAUAAUUUAAACCGGCACCCAGUUCUGUGUGUGUAAGACUUAAUCGUUUUUCUUUGAAAUA